AUGGAUACUGACCAAAAGCAUACAGAAAGGUCCGAAGAAGAGCUUAAGAAAGAAGCUAUCAAAGAAAAAGAUCUUGGUAAUGAAGCAUAUAAAAAACGAGAAUUCGAAAAAGCAUUACAACAUUAUAAUAAAGCCUGGGAAUUGGAUCCUACUAAUGCUUCUAUUUUGACUAACAAGGCGGCUGUAUUGUUUGAGCAAGAACAUUAUGAAGAAUGCAUCAAAAUUUGUGAACAAGCCGUCGAUGUUGGUCGUGAACAUCGCGCAGACUUUAAAUUAAUUGCUCGUGCCUACGGAAGAAUAGGCAACGCUUAUGUUAAACUUGACAAGCUUGAUGAUGCAAUUAAAUAUUACGGCAAGUCAUUAGCUGAACAUCGAACACCCGAAAUACUUGCCAAAUCUAACGAAAUUCAAAAGUUGAAAGUCAAACGUGAAAAAGAAGCAUACUAUAAUCCAGAGCUUUCUGAAAAAGCUAGGGAAGCCGGAAAUGAACUUUUCAAAAAAAAUGACUUUGCAGGUGCCGUGCAACAAUAUACAGAAGCGAUUAAACGUAAUGAGAAUGAUCCCAAAUCUUAUAGUAAUCGCGCAGCUUGUUACACGAAAUUAAUGGCAUAUCAAGAAGCAUUGAAAGACUGCGAGACUUGUAUUAACCUUGAUCCUACUUUUAUUAAAGCCUACAUCAGGAAAGCAGCUGUAGAGUUCUUAAAAAAAGAUUACUCAAAAUGCUUGGAAACUUGUAAAACUGCAAUGAAUCAUGAUACGGGAAAAAAACAUACAUCGGAAAUUCAAGCACAGAUGAAAAAAUGUAAAGAAGCAAUGUAUCAAAAUAGCCCAGAAAGUGUGGAAGAGACAAUUCGGAAGGCCGCUAGUGAUCCUGAAAUCAUGAAAAUCCUCCAAGAUCCUGUUAUGCAACAGAUUUUACAACAAUGCCAGGAUGACCCAC